GCAAAACCACCAUUGUCCAGAGACCACCAAGGAAACCCACACUCUGAAAAGCGCAGGCACAUCAAUCGCCUCGCUCCUGCGAACAUCAUAAGCCCAGUGGCCCAUCCCUUUUGUCUACCGCUCUCGAACAAUUCAUUCCUGACUUGGAACCACCACCAACAAGAACAACCACAACCAUGUCCGACGUGACCAAGACUCCCUUCGUACGGGAUCUCGCCUCGAGCGACAAGAAAAUCCGCGACAAAGCCACCGACUCCCUCACACUCUUCCUCCGCAGCAAAACCGACCUCUCCCUCAUCGACCUCCUCAAACUGUGGAAGGGUCUAUUCUUCUGCUUCUACCACUCCGACCGUCCCCUAACGCAACAAGCCCUCGCGCGCACUCUCAGCUACAGCCUCGUCCCAACCCUCCCCCGGAGCACCUUGCACCGCUUCCUCCGCGCGUUCUGGAUAACCAUCGGCCGGGACUUCCACUCGCUCGACCGUCUCCGUCUAGACAAAUACCUAUUCCUGAUCCGUUGCUACGUGGGCGUUGCAUUCGAGGUGCUCCUCAAGCCCCAAUCCACAUCCUCCACAGCGACAGCAAACGGCGGCAAGCGCAAAAGAGAAGACGAGCCUACAUCCUCGAAGCGGAACAAGAAGAACAACAAGAACAAGAAACAACAACAACAGCAACAAUCCGAAGAAUCCACAUCAUCAACUGAACCCCAAGACUGGACCGCCCUGGAAUCCUACAUCAACAUCAUCGAAGAAGGCCCCCUGUGCCCAUUGAACUUCGACCCGGAUCAACCGCCCAUGAACGAGAAGGAGGAUUACGUGCCGAUGCCGCACGGACCCGACGGAUUGCGGUACCAUGUGAUGGAUGUGUGGAUUGAUGAGUUGGAGAAGGUGUUGGAGUUUGAGGAGAUUGAAGGGGCGGAAGAAGGGCAACAGACGAAGAAGAUCAAGGGCGGAGUGCCGAUGGAGCUUUUGUUGAGGCCGAUUGAGAAGUUGAAGAAGGAGAGUGGAUAUAAACCUGUGCGGACUCGGGCUGCGGAGACGUUGGAUGAUGAGCGGUUGGUUGAGUGGGGGGUUAAGGAAAGGAAGGUGGUGGAGGAGAGUAGUGAUGAGGAGUGGGAUGGGUUUGAUUGAAGUGUUCAUUCAUAUCUAUGUGUAUAAAUUCUAAUGGCUCUUAUAUUUUUUCUGUUUGAUCAAAACUGG